CCUGAACAAGUUGUUAUUUUUUGUCGGCGCCAUGGAGAUGGUGACGUCUCGAGACUCCCAGGGGAGCACCAGGGGCUUUCAGAAGAUCAUGAUGCAGGAUGAGGAUUCCUUGUCGGACCCGUCGGAGCGGUCGGCGCCCUCGGUGCCCCCGGUGGCCCAAGUGCGGCCCAUCGGGGAGAACCUGUACUCUCUGCUCAUCGCGGAGAUCACCCAGGACUACAUCAUGAUUAUGCGAGGAUCUGAGAGGAAGUUUGCGCGCAUCACACGGCUCAGUUAUUCCAUGGUGCUCAUUCUGGGCGUCAUCGCCUUGCAGGUGUUUUUGCUGAGUGCGAUUUCAAGCCUGCUUUGCAACCCUGCGGUGAAGCGCAUUCGCUCCGUGUACAGCGAGUAUCAGGUGGCGAUAUACGGCGACAACGUGGAGAAGACGGUCAACGGCUUCUAUCGCGGGGUGCUGGGCGCCCCGAUCAACGAGGAAGGCUUCCAAGAUCUGGACAUGGAGGUCAAGUGGCAGAUCUGCAACGUGCCCUUCUCGCAGCCCAUGUACACCUUGGUGAUCCUGCUGAUUUGGAGCCUCACUUGCAUCGCAGAGAUCCGGCCCAGCUUCAAACUGCUGAACUCGCUCUUGCGCCACACGCCCACGGUCAAAGACGUGUCGCAUUGCAUCGAGCGUAACGACGAGGCCACCACCAUCGUGGGCCUGACCAUGUGCAUGAAGAUCGGCCUCAGCCUGCUGUGUUUCGUGCCGCGGACGUGCGCCUUGCUGGUGCUCAACUUCCUGGGCUGCCGGUGGCUGGUCAGCUCCGAGAGCCUCGAGGAUCUCUUCCUGAACUCCCUGGCCCUGGAGUUCAUGGUGCUUUUGCCGGAGCUGCUCUAUAAGACGUUCGCCACCCAGCGGAGCAUGCUGAGAACGGAGCUCACCUUUGUGAUGCUAGGGGAGAUCCAGGAGUUGUCGCUCCACGACGUGGUGGCUGCCGUGAUGUGGGCCAGCCUGUCGGUCAUUUGGGUGUGCGUCUAUAUUUUCUAUUUCCAGACCGUUCUGCCAGGCUACCGAUGGGACGUACAUCCCAUGUGCGAGAAGUACAUCGGUACCCUGGAGGGCUGAGUUUGGCAUUUUUGCGUGGGGCGACGCCUGGAUUCCGCCCCCGUUUUCCACUUUCUGGAACCAGGCGUCCCUCGACCUAACUUGGGGAUUUGGGCCCCGCGGAGCGCAGAAGCCGCCCGGAAUUUCAGUCGCCAGCAAGCGCAUAUUUGCCGAGCUGAGUGGCAUUUAGCGUGGUGAAAGCUGACUGAUCUUGGCUGGUUGGAUC